CUGAUGGAAGCGAUCUAAUUUCGCCUCGAAAGUUUUGUGCCUCCCAAGAAAGCUUCUUGCUGUAAAAGUCGAUUGAGUUAGGUGUUCUUGCGUAAGUUUAAAUAACAAGCUGGUAAAAAUAAUGGCUGAGUGAAACAGCGCCUAGUUUGUUUCGAGUCUCGGCAGUGCGUCAGUGAUUAAGUUUGAGUUAACUCUCGCUGUGAAGUCCAGUAAUGCAGGAAAACGCGCAAGAAGAUCAAUUUCUUCUUUAUGUUAAAGAGGGGGAUUGUCCUCUCAUCCAGAAGAUGCUUCAUUCGAGGAUAGAGAAAAACAACUCGUUUGACAUUAAUUACAGAUCCAGGUCUAACAGCACCUUAGGAUGGACAGCCCUUCAUCUGGCCUGUAGCUCUGGCCACAGGGAUGUUGUGGAAGAGUUACUCAAGGCAGGGGUGGAUGUGAAUUUGCAAGACAACAUGGGUGACACCCCUCUGCACAAAGCUGCACAUGCAGGAAGGAAGGAGAUUGUUCUGUUGCUGCUUCGGUAUGAUGCCCGUGCCAGUAUGAUCAAUGGAACAGCUAGAAUCCCCAAAGAUGUCACAGAAGAUGAUGAAAUCAUUACCAUGCUAGAGGCUGCAGAGAGGAGGGAGACAAGACGUCGAGAGGAGAGGCUUCUGGAGGCUGCUAGGGAGGGGGAUCUCUACACUCUGUCUAAAUUGCUUAGUGCCAAGGAGGCUCCUGAUAUCCACUGCAGGGAUUCAGUUGGAAAUACGCCUUUACACUGUUCAGCCUACAGAGGGCAGAAGCACUGCAUUGUAAAGCUGCUAAAGUUCGGAGCCAACCCAAAUGUCAGGAACAGUAACGAUCAGACUGCACUGGACUUGGUUCAAACUGAUGAACUCAAACAGAUGAUGGAAACCUAUCAGGAAAAGGAUGUGGCCAGUGGGGUGCAGAAGGUUGAGGGCCCUCUUUGGAAGAGUUCAUGUUUUCUUGGGUGGCGAUCUCACUGGGUGGUAAUUGAGAAUGGAACAAUCUCCUGGUAUCCCAGGCAAGCUGAUGCAAGUGCUGGAGUUAGAAAACAGGGAUGUAAAUCUCUUUCCCAAGCCUAUUACAUGGUAAAACCCUGGGAUCACUGCUUCUUCAUGCUCAAGUGCUUUGAUGACACUGUGCAUAAUUUCAAGGUGCCUCCAAAGAUGGACUCCAUGGCAACAAGGAAGAGAUGGCUGGAUGCUUUGGAGGAGCACGCGUCCUACAGCACUCGUCACUUCAGCCAAGGCCAGAUUACUUCAGAUGCAGGUAGUAAUGGUGAUGUGGAAUUGGGGAACCUAACGCAAGCAGUUCAGUCAGCCAAGGCCUGCCAGCAGAAACUGGAGAGUGAAGUGUCAAUAUUUGAAUCCAUGAUAAAGAAUGAAGAGCAUUUUGGCUUGGCUGCACGUCUUCUACUUAAAGCCAAAGAGACCAGCGAGCUUUCAAGUAAAAUGUGCAAUGCUCUCCAACUUUGGCUUGAGCUGCUGUCAAAACAAGAAGAGGUGUGGAGCCUGAAGGUAGAGCAGGAAGAGGAGAAGAACAAAGCUCUGACAGAAGCCCUCCAGACUUUGGCAACUGAGCACUAUGAACUCAAGCAGUCCUUAAGUAGGAGCAGGAGGUCAUCCACACGUUGUGUCCUCACUGAAGAUGACUUCUGUGAUGCUGUGUCAGAGUCUGAGUCUGAGCUUUCUGUGAGCGACUUCCUGUCUGUGGCCAGUUACUCCUGGGAAGAGGACGAGGGCAGAGACGCCCCUCUUCAAAACAGCCUCCAUCAGCCCAGCGCACACACGGGGGCUGCCGGUAUGUCAGGGGAGUGUAACGAUGGCAACAAAGCUGCCCAGCACAGUGGAGUAAAGCACAGAACUUUUCUGCCGGCUCCAAUGUUCUCCAGGAAUGACGUGAGCGUCUGGAGUAUCCUGAAAAAAUGCAUCGGCAUGGAGUUGUCAAAGAUUGCCAUGCCCGUGAUCUUUAAUGAGCCGUUGAGCUUCCUCCAGCGGAUAACAGAAUACAUGGAGCACACAUACCUCAUCCACCAAGCUAAUGCUGCAACAGACUCAAUUGAGAGGAUGAAGUGUGUUGCAGCAUUUGCCGUGUCAGCUGUAGCAUCACAGUGGGAGAGGACAGGAAAGCCCUUCAACCCACUACUGGGGGAGACGUAUGAGCUGAUCAGAGAGGAUCUGGGCUUCAGGUGGGUCUCCGAGCAAGUGAGCCAUCAUCCUCCAAUCAGUGCGUUUCACGCCGAGGGCCUCAGGGAGGAUUUUGUCUUUCAUGGUUCCAUAUAUCCCAAACUGAAGUUCUGGGGGAAGAGCAUAGAAGCCGAACCCAAAGGAACCAUCACUCUGGAGCUGCCCAAAUACAAUGAAUCCUACACCUGGACAAACCCCACCUGUUGUGUCCACAACAUCAUUGUCGGUCAGCUUUGGAUUGAGCAAUAUGGGAACGUGGAAGUGAUCAAUCACAAAACUGGAGAGAGAUGCAACAUGACAUUCAAACCCUGUGGCCUCUUUGGAAAAGAGCUUCAUAAAGUCGAAGGAUACAUUCAAGACAAAAGCAAAAAGAAACUCUGUGCAAUAUAUGGCAAGUGGACUGAGUGUCUUUACACAGUUGACCCCGCAAAUUUUGAUGCCCACAAAAAGACAGAUAAAAAAACCGCAGAGGAAAAAAAGAGCAACAAAGAGCCUCAGAGCAAUGUUGAUGAGGAGUCAGAAGAAAAGCCUCCACCUGAUGCCGAGACGGUCCAGGUGAUCCCAGGAAGCGAGCUCAUCUGGAAGAUAGCUCCUCGACCUGAAAACUCGGCCAAGUUCUAUGCAUUCUCGACCUUCGCCAUGCAGCUGAAUGAGCUGGACAAGAGCAUGAAGGGGGUCCUUCCUCCCACUGACAGCCGCUUAAGGCCUGACAUCCAUGCCAUGGAGAAUGGAGAAAUAGAUCUGGCGAGCACAGAGAAGAAGAGACUUGAAGAGAAACAGCGGACAGCCCGUAAAAAUCGCUCCAAAUCCACAGAAGAAUGGAAAAUUAGGUGGUUUCAGCAAGGAUCCAACCCUCACAACAAAGCUCAGGACUGGCUCUGCACAAAAGGCUACUGGGACAGGAAUUACACCCACCUGCCCGACAUUUACUAAAUGUAAAACAUGCUCAGAUAUAUUUAUGGAUUUCCAUUUUACUACCUUUGGACAUCUGCUGCUGCUCUGGUGAUGCAUUACCAAUGGAGGUAAUGCAUCACCAGCAAUGGAGUCUCUGUAGAAAAGGAGAUAAUGUUUGUGGCUCAGUUUGGGAGGAAAGUAGAUCUGUGUGAACAAAAAAAAGCACACAAAACUCUCUCUUUCACUGAUGUAAAUGUAUUAGCAUGUAGUGGAAAGACUAGAACGUAUUUUAAAACUAUUGUGUGUUAAUGGAGUGUUUAAUCAGCAACCUUAGUAUAACUCAAGCAUGUUCAUUAUUUCUAGGCAGCCGGGACUCGUCAGUGGAGUGACCUGAGAGCAGCUCUUCAAGCAGUUUAGCCUGAGCUAAUUUCCCCUGAACAAAGUUUUGGCACCGAUUGACACUUGUUUAUGCAUAUUAUUAUGCUGUGCAGAGCUUUAAGGUAGAUAACUGGGAUAGAUUGCCGUUUUCCCACUUGAUGCAGUAAGUGGUGCAGAUUUUUGGUGUUAACAUGAAUGUGUUCCAAUUUUUUGCCCCCUACUUAUAUUAAAAAGUUGCUUUAUAUAAUUGUAAUGUUUCUACAUAUACCCUGAUAAACAUGUCUGCUUGCAAAAUAUUGGAUUCUAAACAAGAUUGAUAGUUUGGUUUGAAAAUAAAAUGAUAAAACAUCCUAAA